GCAAAACAACCGCCGCCAGAAGAAAGAGGGUGGGGGGAGAUGUCAAACGUCCGUAUUUCUAAUGGGAGCCCUACCCUGGAGCGCAUGGAAGCCAGGCAGUCGGAGUACCCGAAGCCGUCAGCUUGCAGGAACCUCUUCGGGCCGGUGAAUCACGAAGAGUUAAACAGGGACUUGAAGAAGCACCGCCAGGAGAUGGAGGAGGCAUGCCAGAGGAAGUGGAAUUUCGAUUUCCAGAAUCACAAGCCGCUGGAAGGCAGGUACGAGUGGCAAGCCGUGGAGAAGGGGAGCUCGCCCGACUUCUACUUCAGACCCCCCAGGCUACUGAAAGCUGUCUGCAAGACCUCCGGCCGCCAGAGCUUGGAUGUAAACGGGAAUUGCCAAACCGUGGUUUUUGUCGGUUCUCAGGGAAUCUCAGAGGACACUCACUGUGUAGAUCAAAAGACUGAUGUUUCUGAAAAUCAGACGGACUUUGCAGAGCAGUGCACUGGGCAGAGGAAAAGACCUGCCACCGACGAUUCCUCUCCUCAAAAUAAAAGAGCCAACACAACAGAAGAAGAGGUCUCAGAAGACUCCCCCAGUGCCAGUUCAGUGGAGCAAACACCCAAGAAAUCAAGCCCAAGAAGACAUCAAACGUAAACCGUUUAGAGCGGAGGAUGUGCGUGUGUCCUCGUUCAUCGGGUGCGGCGGGGGGCGAUGAAGCGAGGAAGAUGUAAAAGUUGUAGUGGAAAC